AUGGAGGCCAAGCUUGUAGUCAUCCUUGCGGCCUGCUUGUUGAUUUCCUUUAGCAAUGGAGGAGAUGCACAGUGCACGGUGAAAGACCUCGUCGUCGCCCAGACCACGGCGCCGACGCAGCCCGGAGAGACGUACCCGAAGCAUGUGGUGACGGUGAAGAACACUUGCGUUUGCAUGCAGCUCAACGUGAAGAUGGACUGCGCGGGGUUCGACUCCUCAAUCGACGUCGUCCCUGCUUACACGAUCACGCCGGACGGCGACAAUGCGCUCUGCACCCUCAAUGGCGGUCGUCCGGUGUAUGGAAACGGCACGGUCACGUUCAGCUACGCGUGGAGCACAGACAUCAGCUUCCGGCCCGUCUCGUCGUACAUGGAAUGUUCCGCAGCACCAUAA